UCUUACGUCAUCGGCACUCGAUGUAGUGUGAAUUAUUUUUCACCGAGUCCAAGUGUUGUUGUCAAAAGCAGCGGUAAACACUUAGCUGUAAUUACCUCGAUAGUAGGUUAAAAUGUCGUAUCAGUUGUACAGGAAUACGACGUUGGGUAAUACGCUUCAAGAAAGUUUGGAUGAAUUGAUUCAGUAUGGCCAAAUUACACCGCAACUAGCGAUCAAAGUGCUCCUACAAUUCGACAAGGCGAUUAAUCAGGCUCUCGCUACGAGGGUCAAGUCGCGGCUCACUUUCAAGGCCGGCAAAUUAAACACAUAUAGGUUUUGCGACAAUGUGUGGACUUUCAUGCUAAACGAUGUCGAGUUUCGAGAAGUGCAGGAGGUAGCAAUCGUUGACAAAGUUAAAAUUGUUGCAUGUGAUGGGAAAACUGUUGAUGCGGACGUGCCUACCAAGCGAUAACAGAUGAGUAAUCUGUAGAGGGACUGAUAUUUUUAAUUAUAGUUUAGGAAAUGUUUUUUGUUCUUUUUUUAAUUCUCAACCGUUUAUUGAACAACACUAACUUUCCCCUUACUAUUGUGUUUAUUCAAGUUAGCUACUAUAAGCCGGUAAAUUUGAGACAGGCACAAAAAAAAUAUAUCAACCAUGUAGAACGAAUGAUGUUCAAGUGAAAUAAUGUAGUUUUAAUACAGCCAGAUACAAGCAAUUAAUCACAGCUUCACUGUACUUAAUAUGGAUGAAACUUUCUAAAGAUGAGAAUAUUACGAGUGGUACUCAUUUGCUGUCUGUGGCAGGCUGUGAUUAUUGCAAAUUCCGUUGUAUCGUUUACUCACACACAUAUGUAUCAAGAAUAUAAAACUUGCUCCUUUGAACUCUAUAGUUUUUUACAUGAUGAUAAUAAUAAUUCGUAACUAGCCAGUUAUAAAGGCUGUGUAGCAGUAUGGGAUAGAGACCAAAAAUUAAUAUUGAUAAUAGCUAAUAUGCAAUAUUUUGUUAAAAUAGGUAAAGAAUAAAUAAAAAUAAAACAAAUAUAUUAAGUUACA